AUGAGCUGCUCGGACGUGGCCAUGCAGCAGCCCGCCCCGGCGGCGUGCGGGGCGCCCCGCUAUGCGGCCGCGCCCGGCUGCGCGCAGAAGAAGUUAGCUGUGUACAACAAGAUGCAGGAGUCUCUGGAAGUGACCCUUCCCAGCAAGCAGGAGGAGGAUGAGAAAGACCAGCCUGCCGAGAUGGAGUACCUGAACUCUCGCUGUGUCCUGUUCACUUACUUCCAGGGAGACAUUGGUUCAGUGGUGGAUGAACACUUCUCGAGAGCUUUGAGCCAAGCCAGUAGCUUCAAUUCAGAGACUGCCCUUUCCAAGAGCAAGGCAGGGCUGAAUCCUCUGUGGAGAGAAAGCUCAGCAAUUUCAAGCCAAAGGAGCGGAUUCCCAACCUCGUUUUGGACCAGCUCUUACCAGCCUCCUCCUCCUCCUCCCUGCUUGAGCGGAGUGCACCCCGAUUUUCCCGUGACCGCACCAGGCACCUUCCCGGCAGCAGACGCCAGCGGCUGGCCGGGACACGGCCUCCACCAGAGCGCCGGCCCGGCCGCCCCCGCCGCCUCCGAGCCCUGGCACUACCCCUUAGCGUCUCAGGUGAGCCCCUCGUACGCACACAUGCACGAGGUGUACGUGCACCACCCCCAUGUGCACCCCCAGCACCCCGGGCAGCCCCGGGACCCCCGCUACGGCUCGCUGCUGGUGCCCUCGCUGCGUGCGGCCCGGAUCCCCGGCCCGCAGCAAGGCGGCAAGGCCGACCCCGCCGCGGGCAGCGGCGCUACCUCAGCCUGGGCCGGAGCCUUCCACGGAACGGUGGACAUCGUGCCGACUUUUGGCUUUGAUACAGGUCUACAGCAUCAGGACAAGAGCAAGGAAACUGCUUGGUUCUGAGGUGCAGAGAAAUUAAGAACAGCUAGAGCUGGAGUUGGCAGAGCAGGGUGGGUGACACAGAAGUGGUUGACUCCUUCUGCAUGGAGCAAAGGACACACAUGAAGAUGAAGAGCCAACUAUUCUGGUUUUGCUAUCGAGCCUUUUAUUUGUAAGGCCAUUUAUGGGUCCCAGAGUGUUGGAAACAAAACCAGAAACCUAACUUUUCUUUCUUUCCUCAUCUGAGCCUGCUGCAGCUGGGCAACCUAACUCCUUUCUGCUCCUUUAACAGUGUUUCGUUUUGUUCAGCUUGAUAUUUUUAUGAACAGUCUCAAUAGUCAGGAAAAAAAGACUCUCCCUUGACUACAGUGCGCCUUCUUUCAGGAAUACAGUAUUUUGUAGCUCUUUGUGCAUCUAUUUUUGUAGAAAUACAGAAAGUUUGGGUAAGGAUCGAUGGGCUAUUUUAGGAUGACAUAUUUUUUUAAAAAAAAUUGUAAAAUUGUUAAGUUCUGUUUAAAGAACUUGCUCUCAGAGAAGCACUGGCAAAAAUGUAUAAAAUGCUAUUUUUAGAUGUCUGUGAUGUAUUUGUGCAUUUUGGGUUUUUUGUUUGUUACCUCAAAUGUCUAUCUUUCCUUUCUUUUUAAAGAGCUAAACUCCUUUGUUUCCACAUUACUAGAUUCUGAUGUUUUUUGUCCUUUUGUUCUAGCUUAAGCAAGUGUAAUUCGCACCUGAAGUUUCAGCCAAAUAUUUUUUCCUGGUGUUAGGUUGUAGUAAAAGUGGUCUUGUUUUUCUUGCUUCUGAAGGUGGCUUUGUGCUGUGCUGAUUGUCAGAAGCUCGCAAACACCUUUAGCAUAGAGCAAAGCUUGAGGUUACAGCAACUGCAAACACCUUUAGCAUAGAGCAAAGCUUGAGGUUACAGCAACUGCGUUCCCAGCCCAUCCAUUCUUUCAAAAUGGACCAAACAGUCUUAAAUCAGACACGAAUAUGGGCCUCAUCUAUGAUCCACUGAAGCUGCUGAACACAGUUCCCUGUGGGUUAUGUUGCAGGCCCUCAUAAAUAUCAGUAUGAUCCUACAGGCAGGACUUUCAGCUAAGCCAUUUCAAGGUGGUAACUUACAACAUCAAAAUUCAGGGAAAAUAAAAACAAACAUCCAGGUUUAUGUAAAAAGGUGUGUCUCGUGGAAACAAAAGGUUUUCCCCCAGCCUGCUGUGUGUGCUGAGCAGCUCAAGGAAAGCACUACACUUGUCUCCAGGAUGUGUUUGCCUGGCCGGGGCUGUGCCGCGGGACCGCAGCUGCGUUCCCUGAGCAGCUGUAGGUGCUGAGCCUGCCCGCCGGGGCCUGGCUGGGGAAAGGUAGCCUGGCCACGUGGAACCACAGCCCUCUGCUUGGGAAACCCCCCUGGCCUGGGCCUUGGCUCUGACUUGUGUAAUACAGGCUUUGGUUGGAGCCAAGGUGAGCGUGGACAAAUCCUGGGUAAGGGCCGUGGGGUCACCGUGGGCUGGAGCUGGGUCAGUCUCCGUGCCCGGCCCCUGGGGACUCCAGCCAGUGUCAGCAUGAGCUUAGAUGGGACUGAGGGGAGCCCAGGAUCAGGGCUGCUGGGUCCUGGCUAUUACUUGGAGAUGUUGCCUUUCUGCUCUGUGCACCCAGGGUCCCUCUGUAAUAUUUUCCAAGGCUCUCACAAAGCAUUAUAUUUCUGUCACCACUGCUCUCAGACAUCCCUGUUUGAAAGACACACCGUCUGAGUAGAAAAAGCAAGAUAUAAACACAUGGCUGAGAUAAGAAAGAGUUCAAUUUUAAGGCACUGAGCAUUGUAAAUGUAGUUUGGUCAGGUGGAGACCACAUGGAUCUGUGUGUGAAAGGGGCGGGGGGGUGUUGGGAAGUGCAUGCCACUCCGAGGUUCCCUGCACUGCUGCUUCCCUCCAGGCUUUUUGAACUUGAUCCUGUGAGGUGUUGAGCAUUCUUCCUUGUCAAGGGAGAGGGCUUGACAUGCUGGCACUGGAGGCAUUAGGAUUAUAUCACAGUUUGGCAAGACCCUUAAGUCUCUACCUUGCUGAUUUGAAGUUUGAGACAGCGUAUGAAUGCUGAAUGGACUAUGCUUAAAUAUUGCUUUAAAGUAGUAAGGUUGUAGUCUGUGUUGGGAUGAUGAAUUAAAUGUGGUGGGGUUUUUUUCCUCAUCUUUGUAGUCCAUCAGUAUUUCUUUCUCUCAAUAAAUUACGCUCUCAUGACAGUUCUCUAUAUUAUUGCUGCUCUGGUGGAGCUAGCUCCUCAAUUUGUCAAUAAAUUCAUAAUGCAGUAAUAAAACUGUAUGGGAGGGAAUGGAGUACCAGUUGCCACAGUUCACUUUCUUACCAGGACAGUACAGUUCAAGAAAUAUCUCAAGAAAAAGAAUUCUGACUUAGGAAUAUUGACAGUAUUAGAAAAUACUGUGAGGAAAAAAAAAAAUCUAAGUGUUUGUUUUUUAUUUUUUUGUUGUUGUUUAUUUGUGGGGUUUAUUUUGUUUGGUUUUUUUUCCCUGGACAUGGCAAAGGUAGAAAUGAAAGAGACAGUGUCUCCUCUUUGAACUUCAGGGAUGGAGAGUUUGGGUGGCAGGGGUAGCAAAAGAAUUUUGGGCAGCAUUUCUUUUUGAGGUGUGUUUGACUUCCUGAAAUAGUUUAAAGGCUAGCAAGAGCAGUCUGCUCACUGCCUUCCCCUUCACAAGCUCAUACUAUGAGGGAACCUCCUCUGGUUCCCUAUAGAUGUCAAAGGAAAAGCAGGACAGGAACGAAACAGGCCCACAGUUUGCACUGGAAUUUCUUUCUGGAUUGUAUCACUGAGUUGUUGGUUAGUGGGGAUGAAGAAGUGGGGAAGCUGUUGGCUCUUCCACGUCCAGGACUACUGUUCUGCACCCAGUUUCCGCUGCUGAACCUGGGACUGAGCUGGCAGAACCUCUGCAAACUCUGGGUGACAAGUGCCAAUAAAAACCUGCUGUUCUCUGUAGCCAUUGAUGCUCAAGUCCCUCAACUUUGAAAGCGAAAUAAAUUCUUCUUCCCCCCUCAGUCACUAAUUAUCCCUUGUGCUAACGAGUGAGAAAGGAAAAGCCUAAGUGCAUAGCAGUAGCCCUACUUCUGUGUUCUACAACUUGAGGGAUGGAAAAGGGGAAAAAACAACCCCACCCUUCCCUGUGACAAACUUUUAAGUUAAAUUCAGCAGAUUUCCUUCUCUCCCCCUUUCCCAUACACGCACACUUACACACACGCACAGAAGUGCUUAUGAGAAGCAGAUGCUGCCACGGUUUUGCUCUUGGAAGAGGAGGGGAGCCUGCAGUGGUGGGGAAUCGAUGGCAGCGAGAAGGAGCAGAAAGGUUGAGACUGCUUGUGUUUCUGCAGAUAGGGGAAAAAAAAGGCCCUUGAAAUCAGGUCACAGAUAAGUUGUGUGUCUUAAUGCGUUAUUGAAGUAGUUGUUUCAUUCUUUUUAUGUGUGGUGUGUUCUGAUGCUGUCCCAAGAAAGUGGAUGAUUCAUUUUGAGAGGGCUUAUAAAACAUGUUGUACUCGGUCACUGUUUCUGGGAGAACAUAGGGAAAUGAUUGUUUUAUUUCAAGAAACUCAAAAUACUGACCUCCUUAAAGUUGUCCAGGAUUUUAUUUUAUUCUUGUUACUGUUGAGAAAUCUUCAAUCAAUUUUUAUGUCUUCAUUUGAAGACUGGAAGAGUUCAAGUUGUCUACCAGUUUUUGAGAGGCAGAUGCCAGUUUUUUCCAAUGGCCCAUUUCCAUCCCAACAAGAAGAUGGAAUAGUGCAGCCGCUGACUGCCCUGGAGAUUGGAUUUCCGGAAUUUCUGGAGUGAUGAAUAAUUGGCAGUAGUAAAAUGGACUCUGUUCUGAUUCCUUCCCUCACCAAACACACAAGUUCAGGUGGUCCUCAGUGAAUGGCAUUUUGUCUCAAUCACCCACACUUCCAUCAAAAGACUUCUGAGAACAGAUCUGUCAUCACAGCGUUCAGAGAGGGAGGGGAAUGUCACAUUUCCCCAACCUGCCCUUAGGAUUUCCUUGCCUCACCCAGCCUUUCUGCUUCCAGGCUGUUACACAUGUCUUGCUGUCCCACUCCCACAGUUCUUCAAUGUGUAUGGAUAUAUUUCUCUACAAAUGUAUUUAUACACAUUCACAUGUAGCUGUGCCUGGUUCCCUCUGUUCCACUCUCGUGCCUCAAAUGCAUGUCCUUUGGAAAUGAAGUGAAUGACUUCAUCAAAUCUCAUCUGAUAUGGAAAAUGUAGGCAUUUUAUUGCAUUCUCUGUUAACUCAGGAGUGGCUUUUUUUUUCCUACUUGUUAAAAGAAAUGAACACAACAAAAACACAUGAAAAAACCCCUUUCAAAUCACCUGAUUUGUAUCUGUAAAGAUGAUCAUGAAAUCAGCGGUUAUGUAGAGAGGUGCAAUAUAUUGCCUUUCAGCAGACAAGCCUAUAAUAUGGUUAAUUAAUUUCAGGUACAAGCUUUUGCUCCAUAUCAAUGGGCCAGCAACACAUAUAUUUCCUUAUAAACAACUUAGAAAUAUAUAUAUUUUUCAAGUGGAAUUCUUGGUUUUUGUAUGUCAGCCUUUGAGCUUCUAAAGGGUAUUUGGAUGAUAAGUAUUGUUUGUGUGUGGGUUUUUAAAGAAAGAUGAUGCAUGUUGUUUGGAACUAAAAUCUCAUGUAAAGCGGGAAAGUAUUUAAAAAUAAAUACUGCUUUUACAUAUUAGCCCUAUGGGCACAAUCUGAGAGUUGUGGUGCAGGAAGAUGCCCCUGUAAAAAGUAAGGUUCAAAAUGCAGGAGAGGCAGGAGUGGCCCUGGAAAGGUUGAGCUGGUGGGACUGAGAGCAGAGAUGAUCCUCUCCAGAACUGUAUGUACAUGGUUGGGCAGCCACUGCUCAACACACUGAAUUUAGGCUGUGUUAGCAGGUUUAUAUUUAUGGGGUGAACUGGUUGCUAUGGGGAGCUGUAGAUGUCCUUGGAAAGCCGUGUUUUAGCUGCCCUUGGUCUGCUCAGUGCCCCUGACCCUCUCCCAGUUCUUGCUCUGCAGUCUCCAUGCCACCACAGUGGGACCCCUGGAAGCUGGGCUGGAGUUCCCUGGGAAAAUGCACCACUUUUAUGUUUUCAGCUCCCAAUAAAGAAAGUUUAGGGAUGGGGAGGGGGUCAUUAAAAACACUCCAGUUAUUUCAUGCACCUGCUCAAAGGCUCGAGCCUCCAACAUAAGUCAGCUUUGUGGCCUUGGAAACCUUCAGUGGCAUUGGGAUGGUUGGGACCAACCUUGAAUUGCAGUCCAGUGGGGGCUGGUCCAGCCUUGAUCCUGGUGAGCUGAGGCUCAGGUAUUUGGUACCUAUAGACAACCAGUGUUUAUAGGAGUUUGAGGUUUACAGUAAUGGAGUGAAAUAUCUGCAGAACUGUGCUGCACUUUCCCUGCUCGCUCUUUGUAGCUGUUGCUUAAAACCAUCAGUCAAAUCAGGGUCUCUCUCUUCCCCCCACCUGUUUUCCCACCUUGCUUCCCUCAAAACUCCAUUGAAAUGUUUGCCCCUCUGAUCAAAACUGAUGGGGGUUUGGGGGUGGGGGCUUUGUAUAAAGAAAAGUGUCACUGUUUAUUACUGAAUAAAUAAUUUAAUGUGAA